AUGAGUGAGGCUAGCGACAGCUCGAACCUUAAUCAGAAGGAACUGAUCAAAGACACGGAGGCGAAUACUUCUGAGCCCAUAGGUAUCAAACGCUCUCGGAGCCAAGAAGCAAACAAUGCCGAAGAGCCGGCUAAGCGGCUCAAGAGCGAGGAAAGCGAGGAAAGCAAGGAGAAUUUAAAUGAACACACGGCACAAGAGAAGAAAGACGAUGGGAAGAGGUCAGAACCAGCUACCAGCGAGAAGGGCCCUGCUAACGAGUCAGGAAGCAACAACAAAGAAGCAAAAUCAGAUGAAGGUCACAAGCAAUCCAGCAGUGACGACGACAAGAAGCCAGGGCCCGCUAAAGAAUGCGAGGCAGACAAGGACAAAAAGGACGUGCAGAAGACUACAAAAGAAGGUGAAGAUAAUGCUACCGAGGAGUCCCAGAAAGCUUCCCCCAAGCCAAGCGCAAAACCAAAAUUUGCAUUCGGCGCCUCCUCUGGAUUUAGCGCAGGAUUUGGGCUGGCAAAAACUCCCACACCCAAAUCGAAUACUCCUGAGUCCAUAAUCUCCCCCAAAGAGGGUUCGAGCGAGUCUAAAGCGCCCACUAAACCUACAGCAUUUGGUUCAGGGUUUGCAUUCGGUGCAGGCUUCUAUGCAUUAAACAAAGAUAAGAAGAGCGGCUCUAAAGUUUUCGCAAGUGAAGAAGAGAAAGCUAAAAGCGCGAGCCCAGUCCCUGGCAACCCAAACACGGAUGACACUAAAGAGAACACCAGUAGCACCGACAGCGAGGGAGUCGUAAAGUUACAGAAACAAGACGUAAAAUCCGGUGAGGAGUCCGAAGAGUCUAUCUUCCAGGUGAACGCCAAACUCUACCAACUAACUAGCUUGAAAGAAGGCUGGAAGGAGAGGGGUGUCGGUGCGUUACACGUUAACAAAAACCCACAUAACGGCAAAGCCCGUAUUGUUAUGAGAUCCCGAGGCAUUCUAAAAGUUAUUUUGAAUGUGUUGCUCGUCAAAGGUGUUGUUAUUCACAAAGGCUUUCCCGCGUCUUUGCAGGGUGAAAAAUUCAUCAGAAUAGUGACUGUCGAUCACGACAAGGCCCCGCUUCAAUACGCUGUCAGAAUGGGGAAAGCUGAAGCGGCCGACGAAUUGUACGAAACAAUAAAAAAACUGAUUCCUUGA